GGAGCCACUAUCCUUUUCUAGAUCAUGAUCAUACCUAUGAUAUAGAGAAAGAGAGAGAUGUUGAUUGAGCAAAGUUCGACGAUCAUAUCGCGAUAGUGUCGUGCGAUCGUGGCAACGUUUGGAAAAAGAUUGCAGCCGUGGGGUAUAUCGCGCGCGCUUAUGUGUGAGUACGACUUGAAGCUGCUCUGCAGUCGACCGAUAGUGGAAUGCUCGCUGCGGGGGAGGGGGGCGACACACUCGUCGCGAGAUCCAGCGAGAGAGCGAGAUGCAUUGCGCGCUAUAUAUGUAUGUCACACCGAGCUGGUGUGCUCGCGGAUCAUCCGUAUAUGCGGUGAGCUCUUAAAUAUUAAUAACGUCGCGAACGCGAUCGCCGAAAUGACGCGCGAGUGACGGGCCGGGCAGCGGGCUGAUCAACGAUCGCCGUUCACCAAUGCGUCGUGCAUGCUCAGGCGCGGCUAGAAUGUGCGCCCGUGCUCGCUGCGGAUUGUACGAAUUGCAAAUAGGCAGCGCGGAUGGACGCGGCCAUGUUUCCUGCUAGCAGAAAUCCUAUCCAUUAAUAAUUUGCUGAACGUGCGGGCCACGAAGUGGAGCGCGGUGCAGAAUGCCGAAAUGCGAUGUGAAGACAAGAUAUCUGCCAGCUACGUUCGCGUGGACGGUCCUACUCGGCACCACGACACUCUUCUUCUCCUUCCCGUGCCAAUACUACGUUUCUCGAUGGGGCCCCUGGGUACCGGUUUUGCAAGGAGUCAUCACUUUCUUCGUGCUGGCAAAUUUUACACUAGCCACGUUUAUGGACCCUGGUGUUAUACCAAGAGCACCUCCUGACGAAGACCGGGAAGAUGACUUUCGAGCGCCGCUAUACAAGAGCGUCGAGAUCAAUGGCAUCACUGUGCGUAUGAAGUGGUGUGUCACUUGCAAGUUCUAUCGACCUCCACGUUGCUCACAUUGCAGUGUUUGCGAUCAUUGUAUCGAGACAUUCGACCAUCACUGCCCAUGGGUAAACAACUGCAUUGGUAGAAGAAAUUACAGAUUCUUCUUUUUCUUUCUUCUGUCCCUCAGUACUCAUAUGAUCAGUAUAUUUGGGCUCUGUCUGAACUUCGUGCUGAACCAUAAGGAGCACUUGAGCGAAGUAGACACUAUUGUUGCGUUCGUGCUCAUGGGAGUGGUAGUGGUCUUAUUCAUUCCAAUACUUGGAUUGACUGGCUUUCACGUGGUCCUUGUUUCCAGAGGACGAACCACUAACGAACAGGUAACAGGCAAAUUUAACGGGGGCUACAAUCCUUUCUCUCGUGGCUGUCUACACAACUGUUGUUACACACAAUUUGGACCACAAUACCCAAGUCUAAUUAAACCUGAAAAAUAUUCAGGAAAUCGACGUGGAGCUUAUGCAUCAGAGAUAUCUACUAUAGGCAGUGAGAACCAGGUAAAGACCUACAUGGAUAGCAGCAAUGGUGUUAGAAAUGCCAGUUCAAAUGCUUACAAUAAGUUAUCUCCCGGACGAGACGGAUCGGAUACAGACAUGGAACCGACGGCGUCUCAGUCCGCAGACUGCGAACCUACGCCACCGUUGCAAAGACAUGGCUCCAAAAGCAAUUUCUUCCUGCCACCUGUGGAGAACAACGAGUCUCCCAGGCAUCCUCCGACGGCGCAGCACCGUCAUCCAAUACAUUAUCCUAGAGGCAGUCCACAUCCAAGGCCAAGAGGGAUGAAUGGAUCUCGAAGUCACACGCCGGACCCGUUAUCGCCAGAAACUAGUGGUUCGCCAGCCACAGCGUCUCAACGUGGCCAAGGCCAAGGUGGUGCUAGUCCAACGAUGCAGCAACGCAUUAAAGCUAUCGGAGUCCCUACUCCGCUUGCCAUAUCCAGCCCUAUACGAAGAUCGAACCCGGGCACACCGACGCAGGUACGUCGGCCAGAUUUCAUAGGCGUGAACGAGGCGCCGACCUAUUACGAAAUGCAGCAAACAAACACCGGCGGGAUCAGCGUUACUGGCCCGGUGGUCACCGGCUACAGUCCACAGCGGCGUUUCCUAUCGGAGAGCGAGCUCGUACGACAGGGCACCGACCACCCGUACUCGCGUACGAAUAACACAGUCGACAACAUACGCGAGUUAGCCGGUUCGCCGCAGCGCGGUGUCUACAUGUGGAAGGACAAUUCACCUGGCAGCUAUCCUGGUCCACCUGCCGGUGGAGGUAGAGAAGGAGGGACAACAGGAGCGACAGUCAGCGGUGCGCCGCAUCAGUCGCCGUCGCAACGGCCACAUCCGCCAUAUGACUAUUACCGUUCCAAUCCCACCAGCCCAACUCAGCAGCCGUACGCGAACGCUCCCAGAGCGCCGUAUCACCCUGCUAUGAGAGGUGGAGUGCCAGUCUUCCCGCCGCAUCAACCGCACCAGUCGCCGCAGGUGAAACGGAAAGCCACGAUGGUGACGCCGACCACGCCGACCUCGGGGGACGCGCGACGCCGGCCAAUGUCGUUCGUCCGAGCCCUGGAGAUGACCGACUCUAUGGAGAUGGUCUCAGCGCCGAACGACCCGAGAUCGCAGCGCCCGACGACGCCGACGCCGGACCGGGCGAGCGUGUACGACAUGAAUUACGAGAUAUCCGUAUAGCCCAGCUUUCCGGUCUCCGCACCAUCCUGCGGCUGGACGGAGAUUGUACAAGAGCCGCCGAUUUUGCGCGUCUCUCGCUCCAACGAGGAAAGAAUGUACGCCGUUUACGAGAUAUCCGUCUGAAUUCUUCCGCGAGACCGUCACGAGAGACAGUCACGAAACUUUAUUACAAACGCGAGCGCACGAGCACAUUGAAGAAGAGAAGUCGUACGCAGACAACUCCGGGCUUUCAUCGGUCGGUCUCUGUCUUUCUCUCUCGCCCGAGCGCGUCGUGGGAAUGCCAUUGUUUUUCAGACACGAGCAUUCGGACUCGAACUCACAGCGAACGGGAUGUACGCGCGUUUGCGUACAUUCGACGAACCACCACCGGUGAUGUGCGUGCGUGUGUAUGUAUGCGUAUGUGAGAGUGUGUGCGCGUCACAUCGCGAUCGACUAUCUAUGGAAUUUCCGUUCAAAGUGAGAUUGGUCUGUCGACUUACCAUUCGCUGAAUCGAAUGAUCCGAAUUGGAUCAAUUGUGAAUAAUACGUACGGAACCGAUAUGUACACGCGAUGAAGAACCUUCAUCUUAUUUUUUCCUAUUCUUCCUACGGCACGUUGGAAUCUUAUGACAUGGCAGUAAGAGAGAGAGAGAGAGAGAGAGAGAGAAAGAAAGAAAAAAAGAAAGAGAGAAAGAACUUGCGUUUCUCUGGUGGUGAAAUGCACCAAAACGAUACGCAAGUGUCCUGUCGUAUCGUAUCGGCAAUAUCAUUGAUUUAGUCAUUGUUAGAAAGAAAAGAGAACGAGAAAAGAAAACGUAAUAUAUUCCAUGUGUGUGCGUGCGCGCCAUCGUAGCAGCGAAAUAUGUCCGUUUACGUCGAGAGAAUUGCAGCGUUCGGUCCGACUGACGAUCCGAAUUAACGAGUCACGGAGGCGUCAACGAAAGUAUAUAUUUCCGAGCGCACAGAGGUUGACCCUUAUUGGAACCUUCGACCGAUAAUCGGCCCCUCUCGCUUAACAGAAGCAAUUAUAUUUUUUAGUACACAUUAAGGUCAGUUUAGAUUUUUAUACAGUGACACCGUGACUCUCAUUCUCAACGUAGUAAAAAGGCGACGUCAAUCCUAGCUCUUCGUCUCUUCCGUUUUUUUUUUAAACCCUACUCACACGUCGACACAAGACGUGCGAAACGGGAGGAACAUUGGGAAUCACUUUAUUAAUCCCUCGUUAGCUCUUCGGAUACUAGAGGAGUCCGUGUCCAUCAAAAGAAAAAAAAGGAAGGUAAAAAAAGGGAGUUACUUAACCAACUUAAGUCAUUAUCGGGAUAGAAUAACAAAUUCUGUGUAAAAUAAUCGUGAAAUGUGUAGCAAAUUUUUAAUAUACAUAUUUAACAAUAUUUAUACGUAAAUGAUAAAAAAUACAAAACUUUAUAAUUUGA